AUGAAGCUCUUGCUUACAACCAUCCUCGCCUCCUGGGCAACCCUUGGCGUCAGCGGCGCUACCCAGGAGCGGCAGGUCACACAACCUCUCGUCGACUCGGCCAGCUCCCAAGACCAGAUCACCAAGGAUAACGACAUCGCAACAGCCAACGGCGGCAACGGUGCCUUCGGCUUACCCGGCUACUGCGCCUCGGUCAACUCCAUCUGGAACCGCGUCUCCAGCGCCGCAGGCGCCAUAGUCUGGAAACAGUCUGGAAAUAGGACUUGUCGGCCACUGCUCUACGGGUCUCCCGCCACACCCGCCGAGGGCAUCACCGCGGACCUCGACGUCGACGGAAAGAUUGUGCUUGUCCGCGAGGCGUUGUAG